GCCACAGCGUCGGGCUGCCGCUGCUCGGCGCCGCACGACCGCUGUGCGUCGCGCUGCGGGUGGAGGUUCGGCAGCGGGGGCGUGCAGCGUUAGCGGGGACGUACUUCCUUGUGUCGGCAUCCGUCCCCGCGUGAAGCAACUCCCCCCUCUCUCUCUCUCCCUGUCUUCCACACUCUGUCAGUUUCUCUCUGUCUCAUGUGUGUGGAUGUGGGGCGGCUCCCCGCUACUGUUCAGCUUUGUCUCAUGCUCACACCCCUGCUGCUGUUUCUGCACCCACAACAACAACAAACAACGAAAGAAUUGCCGAACCCCCCGUCGCUGCCUCCUCCGCAUCGGCUGCGCAGGGGCGACGCAAAGUGUAUUGAGUGAAGCGUGGCGUGUGGCCGCAUCUGCGGUGUGCACCACCACCGUGCUUGACUCCCGAUAG